CUCCCUCUCUCUAAUCCCUCCCUCCUUCCCUCCCUCUAAACUCACCUAUCUGGCAGAACCAGAAAGGCCAUACCUCCCAAAAACGAACUUCUGAGGAAACGAAACUGAUCUGAUUCUCUGUGUCGUCUGUCUGUGUGAGAGUGAACAACCGUCCAAAUGGCUCAACAGGGAGUUCUGCUGGACCAGGACCAGUUCUGUUGUUCUGUCUGUCUGGAUCCACUGAAGGAAUCAGUCACCAUCCCCUGUGGACACAAUUACUGUCGAAUGUGUAUUGAGGGAUGCUGGGAUCAGGAUGUUCUGAAAGGGGUCUAUAGCUGUCCUCAGUGCAGAGAGACCUUCACUCCAAGGCCAACUCUGAGGAAAAAUAACAUGUUGGCUGAGCUGAUGGAGAAACUGAAGAAGACAGGACUCCAGACUGCUCCCCCUCCUGCUCUGUGCUAUGCUGGACCUGGAGAUGUGGCGUGUGAUGUCUGCACUGGGACCAGAAAGCAGAAAGCCCUCAUGUCCUGUCUGGUGUGUCUGGCCUCUUACUGUGAGACUCACCUCCAAUCUCACUAUGAAUCUCCUGCUUUGAAGAAGCACAAGCUGGUCAAAGCCACCGCACAACUACAGGAGAAGAUCUGCUCUCAUCAUGACAAACUGCUGGAGGUUUACUGUCGUACCGAUCAGCAGUGUAUCUGUUAUCUGUGUACAAUGGAUGAACAUAAAGGCCAUGAUACAGUGUCAGCUGCAGCAGAGAGGACUGAGAAACAGCUUGAUAGCUCAUUGAAGAGUGAUUCUCCACAGAGGCAGCUGGGGAUGAGUCAGCAGAAGGUCCAGCAGAGAUUCCAGGAGAGAGAGAAGGAGCUGAAGGAGCUCCAACAGGCUCUGGAGUCUCUCAAGCGCUCUGCACAGGCAGCAGUGGAGGACAGUGAUCAGAUCUUUACUGAGCUGAUCCGCUCCAUUGAGAGAAGGAGCUCUGAGGUGAAGGAGCUGAUCAGAGCCCUAGAGAAGGCUCAAGUGAGUCAAGCUGAAGGACUCCUGGAGCAACUGAAGCAGGAGAUAGCUGAGCUGAGGAAGAGAAGCACUGAGCUGGAGCAGCUCUCACACACAGAGGAUCACAUCCAUUUCCUCCAGAGUUACAAGUCUCUCUCCAGUAUCAGUGUAUCUUCAGACUUACCCAGCAUCGUUGUCCGUCCUCUUCAGUACUUUGGAGAUGUGAGUAAGUCUGUGUCUGAACUGAGAGAGAAACUAGAAGACUUCCUUAAAGGAGAAUGGACCAAGAUCUCCACUACAGUGAAUAUAGUGGAUGUUGUACUGCCUCCAGAGCCCAAGACCAGAGAACAGUUGUUACAAUGGUCCUGUCAGCUCACACUGGACCCAAACACAGCACACACACUCCUCUCUCUGUCUGAAGGGAACAGAAAGGUGAAACGUACACGCCAAGUCCAACCAUAUCCUGACCAUCCAGACAGAUUCACCAACAACUACUGUCAGGUUCUGUGUAGAGAGGGUCUGUCUGGACGCUUUUACUGGGAGGUGGAGUGGACUGGGGAGUGGGUUAAAACAGCAGUCUCAUAUAAAGACAUCAGCAGAACAGGGACAGAUAGUGGAUUUGGACACAAUAACAAGUCCUGGAGUUUAAAGUACUAUAGUGGUGAUUAUUGUUUCAGACACAAUCAUGUUGAGACUAAAGUAUCAGGCCCUCAGUCCUCCAGAGUAGGAGUGUACCUGGAUCACAAGGCAGGUACUCUGUCCUUCUACAGUGUCUCUGACACAAUGACCCUCCUCCACAGAGUCCAGACCACAUUCACUCAGCCCCUCUAUCCUGGAUUUCAUCUCAAUGGUACUGCUGAGCUGGUUAAACUGUAGUAGGGUCCACAUAGAUACUAUUCAUGCUGGUGUAGUCUAUAGCUGAGCUGGUUAAACUGUAGUUGGGUCCACAGAGAUACUAGUCAUGCUGGUGUAGUCUAUAGCUGAGCUGGUUAAACUGUAGUAGGGUCCACAUAUAUACUAGUCAUGCUGGUGUAGUAUAUAGAUGAGCUGGUUAAACUGUAGUAGGGUCCACAUAGAUACUAGUCAUGCUGGUGUAGUCUAUAGCUGAGCUGGUUAAACUGUAGUUGGGUCCACAUAGAUACUAGUCAUGCUGGUGUAGUCUAUAGCUGAGCUGGUUAAACUGUAGUUGGGUCCACAUAGAUACUAGUCAUGCUGGUGUAGUCUAUAGCUGAGCUGGUUAAACUGUAGUUGGGUCCACAUAGAUACUAGUCAUGCUGGUGUAGUCUACAGCUGAGCUGGUUAAACUGUAGUAGGGUCCACAUAGAUACUAGUCAUGCUGGUGUAGUCUAUAGCUGAGCUGGUUAAACUGUAGUAGGGUCCA